AUGGUUUGUUCAGAUCUAUGUAAAGUUAGUAAUACAGAUAAACAUCCGAUGUACUAUUGCAAAAAAUUCAUUGAAAUGACUCCUCCUGAACGAUUAAAUUGGAUUCAACGACAAAAACUAUGUGUGAAUUGUUUCAAAUCCGAUCAUAAAGCAAAGGUUUGUGAAGCUGGAUCAUGUAAAAAAUGUGCCAAGAAGCAUAACACUUUGCUUCAGUUAGAGCAACAGUCACCUAAACCUUCAAGGGCACCAGCAGCAAACACAAAGUCAACCACAACAUUGAUCAACGCUAAUGAAUCGCCAUCCAUAACAGCAAUAACUAAUGCAAAGGGUACUCGUAAUUACGUUCUGCUAGCCACUGCAAAGGUGCGCAUUAUUGCAAACAAUGGACGAACGUGUGAUGUUCGUGCCAUACUCGACUCAGGUUCUCAAGUGAACCUAGUAACCCAAAGAGUAAUCAACAAGUUAUCUUUAAUUACCACAAAUUCAAAUCUAUCGAUCGAAGGUAUUGGCCGUCAAUUCGGGAACUCAAAAUCUCGCGUAAAUGUUGAACUGCAGGCUACUAAUGGAAGCUUCAGGACGAGACUUGAGGCAUUUGUAUUGCCACAAAUAAUAUCAGCACAACCGUCACGAGACCUAGAUAUCUCGGAUUGGCAGAUCCCACAGAAUGUAGAAUUAGCAGACCCCAGCUUUAACAGAUCUGGAAGAAUUGACAUGCUGAUUGGUGCUGAAUUCUAUCAUACUCUACUUCAACCAGAACAAUUGAUAAUAGGAAAGAAUUCGCCACUGUUACAAAAUUCGGUUCUAGGUUGGUUGGUGGUUGGUAAGACUAAAACUACAACAGAUAUUAAACCAACAUGCGCUAUUACUACAGGAGAAGUUGGUGAAAUGUCAGAAAUGAUAGAACGAUUUUGGAAGUUAGAUAACAUUGAGACUGCAGAAAGGGUUUUGACUUUAUCUGAGAAAUGGUGUGAAAAUCACUUAACAAAUUAUGUAAAGACAAAUCACGAUGGUCGUUUCAUUGUACGCUUACCCUUCCGCGAUGAUCCCACAACACUUGGUAGAUCGCGUGAGAUAGCAUUCAAUCGAUUUUGUUCUCUGGAAAGGAAGUUACAAAGGGACCCAAAUUUAUACAAGGAGUACAUAAAGUUCAUGGAUGACUAUGAGUCAUUAGGUCACAUGGAAAAAGUUUGCCCGAAAGAUGUCAAAGGAGCACAAUAUUUCAUUCCUCAUCAUUGUGUCUUGAAACCUGACAGCACUACAACCAAAUUGAGAGUUGUCUUUGAUGCAUCAGCAAAAACAUCAAGCGGUUUAGCACUAAACGAUAUUUUGCACAAAGGUCCAACAGUGCAAAGUGAUCUUUUUUCAAUACUCUUGCGUUUUAGAAUACACCGGUAUGGAACGAAGUCAGCCCCUUAUCUUGCAACAAAAUGUCUUCAACACCUUGCGAAACAUAAUAUGACCAACUAUCCGCUUGGAGCACCUGCAUUACUUAAUGAUUUUUAUGUAGAUGACUGUUUAAGCGGAACUAACAGCAUCAUUACCGCCUUAGACACUCAACAACAACUUACGGAACUGCUCAGUAAAUCAGGAUUUAAGCUGAGAAAAUGGUGCUCAAAUAAUACACGACUCCUACAAAACAUUCCGAUAGAAGACCAAGAAAUCAACCUUGAUUUAGAUGACUCAGCCAUAAAGCCAACAAAAACAUUAGGCAUUAUUUGGCUCCCGAAAUCAGACGAAUUUUGCGGUAAGGCAGAGAUGUCAUCAGAGCAACCUAUCACGAAGCGGAUUGUGGCAUCGGACUUAGCUCGAAUUUUUGAUCCUUUGGGAAUUUUUGGCCCCAUUACUGUAACAGCUAAAAUAUUCAUGCAGGAAUUGUGGCAACAAAACUAUUCCUGGGAUGCGGAACUGUUACCUCAGGCUCAGCUAGAAUGGAAGCGUUUUAGAACUGACUUACAAACAUUAAAUACUGUGAAAGUACCCAGACAUAUUUUUAAUUCGACGGUUCCCUGUUCGAUUCAAUUACACGUGUUUACGGAUGCAUCAGAGAAGGCAUAUGGAGCAGCUAUGUACGUGCGAGCAAUAUAUAAUGAUAAGAUAAUAACAUCGAGACUAUUGUGCGCCAAAUCUAGAAUAGCACCAUUAAAGAAACAGACACUUCCACGACUAGAACUCUGCGCAGCAUUGCUGGGAGUCGAAUUAGCAGAAAGAGUUAAACAAGAUUUAAAGUAUCAAAACGUGCCAACCUACUUUUGGUCUGAUUCCAAAAUUGUUUUGUCAUGGAUAAUAUCUUCAUCUGCCUCAUUGCACACAUUCGUAGCAAAUCGUAUUAGCAAAAUUCAAGAGAUGUCACAUGCUGAUCAAUGGCAUCAUGUGGCGUCAAAGGAUAAUCCUGCUGACAUCAUUUCCAGAGGAAUAAAGGUUAAAAUGUUCAAUUAUUCACAUAUAUGGUUUUUUGGUCCACUCUUUCUUCAUGGAAGUAACGAAUUUUGGCAACAGCCAAACCCAAAGGCAUUUAACAUUUCAACUGAUAUCGAAAGACGACAAGGACAUACAGUUAACAUUAUCAUUCAAACGACUGGUUCUGAUCACAUGAUAAAUCAAAUUGAUCAUCGAAACUCAUUUAGAUAUCUUCAAAGAACAAUUGCUUAUGUUCGCCGUGUAUUUCAUCGCACACAAUCACCAACAAGAACACUUUCUCCAAAGGAAUUACGAGAUGCAUUAGUCUUCAUAAUUAAAACUAUUCAGGGCUCAGAAUUUGCAAAGGAAAUCUCUGAUUUAAAACAAUGUAAAGCAGUCAACAGUUCGAGUCAACUAAAUACUUUAGCACCGUUCAUUGACGAACAAGGUGUACUUCGUGUUGGAGGAAGGCUUGAAGCAUCAACAUUGCCAUAUGAUGCUAAACAGUAA